GUGGAGCUGGGGCUGAGGGGGCCUCGCCGGGCGCCGCCGGGUUCUUUGGGACAGAGGGUCCGAGCGAGCCCUGCUCCGUGGGGCAGCGGCUGGGAGGGCUCUUGGGGCAGCCGCAGGUUGGGCCCUAUUCGGGCCGGGACGAGAGAACACCCGUCUGGGCCGCAGCGGGCUCUCUCGUCCCGGCCUGUGUAGUGUCUGCUGUGCAGGCCGCAAUUUAAAACUCUGUGAAGAACAAAGCCAAUCAAAAACAGUGGGAAGGCAUCGGAGGGUGCUGCGGUCUUGCCAAGGCGUAGUUUUCACUCUUAGGAAGCAGAAUCCCUUCAGAGUUCCCACACAACUCCCAUCCACCUGAGCAUCGGUCUGAGGUGCCCCAGGGGCACCGGCACCGGCCCGGCCGGGGCGGGCGUUCGCAUCGCGGGGCCCCGCAGCGGGGCCAGAGGGUGGGGAGGGGGUGGAAUGUUGUGGUUUCAGAGCACACGUAAGCAGCUCCUUCGUCACAGUGAUGAUGCAGUACAUGGAAGCACCGUGGAGUUCUCCAGUUAAGUGCUACAGCCCGUGAUAAGGGAUGGAUUCAGGGAAAGGCAGAUAUGGGCUCAUUAUGCCCAAAAAAUUGCCGCAGAAAAAUCUGGCUUCACAGAAACUGUCAGUGUUUGCAGAUGAAUCUGAUGAAGAGCCAUCUGUUGGUGAGAGUCUUCAGAAAGAAGCAUUGAAAAAGCAAGCAAUGAAACAGACUAAAUUGGAGAUUCAGAAGGCUUUGGAAGAAGAUGCUACAGUGUAUGAAUAUGACAGUAUUUACGAUGAAAUGCAGCAGAAGAAGAAAGAAAGUAGUGCCAGAAUAUUAUCUGGACAAGAUGACAAAAAGCCCAGAUACAUCCAUAAUAUUCUCAAGGCAGCUGAGAUUAGAAAGAAGGAGCAAGAGAGAAGAAUGGAAAGAAAAAUUCAGAAAGAACGUGAAAUGGAAGGAGAACAGUUUGCUGACAAAGAGGCUUUUGUGACAUCAGCCUAUAAGAAAAAGCUGCAAGAAAGAGCUGAAGAGGAGGAAAGAGAAAAAAGAGCAGCAGCUCUUGAAGCAUACCUGGAUGUGACCAAACAGAAGGAUCUCAGUGGAUUUUACAGACAUCUUUUAAACCAGAGGGUAGGGGAAGAAGAAAUGCCAAAAUGCAGCUUCCGUGAAGCCAGGAUUAAGGAAGAAAAACCUGAUUCUGAUGAUGAAUCCAACCUGAGGAACAAAUGCUCAUAUGAAGGACAAAGACUGAAGCCCUCUGUAAAGAAAGAGAAUAAUCCAGAUGCUGACACUGACAUAGGAACUGAUAGCAGUGAUGAAGAUAAAAGACACAAAAAUAGUAAAGUAACUUUGAAAAAGAAGGAAAAGAGAGAGAGCUCUGUGAGCAGUGAAGAGGAGGCAAAACGUCACAAAAGCCAGAGGCGUUCCAGGUCACAAAGCUCAUCCAGUGUGGAGGGAGAGCAACACACAAAAGCUCAAACAAGUUAUCUUACAAAGAGGGGAGAGAGCAGAGCAAGCAGAAGGGGAAAUGAUGAACAAUACAGGGAAAAAGACCAUGAGAGAAGCAGGGCCCACGAAAAGGAUCAUCAAAGGGAAAAGGAAGAGAGACAUAGAUAUGGGGAUCACACUAACAGAGAUAACUACAGAAGGAGGGAAGAGCAAGAUGAUAAACAAAGGGGGAAGGAACGAAGAGAGAGGGAUGGACAUAGAGAAUGGAGGAGAGCAAAGGAGAGAGAUGAAAAAGGCUCAGAAAGGGAACGAGAGAAAGAUAGAAUAAGAAAUGGUAAAGAUAGGUACAGUGACAGAGAGAAGGAAAGAGGAGAGAAAUACAGAGAAAAGGAAGAUCAUGUGAAGGAGAGGAGAGAAAAACACAGCAGUAAUGAAAAGAAAUACAGAGAGGGCAAAGAAAGUAGCCCUACCUCUUCAGGAAAAGAUGGGGAGACAGAUCUGGAAAAAGAGAGAGGGGUGGAUGAGAAGGGAAGAUCCAGCUCUGGAAAAUUGUCUGAGCAGAAGCGUAAAGCUGGAGAAGAAGGGGAGAAAGAGGAGAAAGAACAGACACCAAAACCAGCUGAGAGCAUGAGCAAAUUUGCCAAACGCAGCAAUGAGGAGACAGUCAUGUCAGCACGGGACCGCUACUUGGCGAGGCAAAUGGCACGAGUCAGCACUAAGUCCUACAUAGAGAAAGAAGAGGAUUAAUGUCCCUGUGGUGGGCAACAGUACUUUGUCUCUCAACCAAGAGGAGCAGCCACUGCUGCAUGGGCUCUUGUACAGAAGUUGUAUGUCUAAAUAAUUCCUUUAGCCAGAUGAAAGUGAGCUCUGCUGAAGCACAGGUGUUCUCAGCCUUUAGCAGGAGUCAGUGUUGCUCUGAAAACUGAGAAACAGGUCUGUAAAAGUGGGGAACAUACAAGAAAAACAGCCUGAAUAAUAAUCUAGGAGAUUUCUGUACAUAGUAUUGUGUUUUGUUAGUUAAUGUAUAUUGACAUAUGAAUUUUAUAUUUGUGUGUGGGCUUUGAGGGAUCUGGUGUACAGAAACAAAUAAAGUGUAAGAUACAUUCUGGA